AUGACACCGCCUGCGACACCACUGAAGGUUCUGGUCGUCGGCAAUGUCUUCGGCAAGUUCGCCAAGCUCUUCAAGCGCGUCGCUGACGUGAACGCCAAAGCGGGCCCCUUUGACUUGCUGCUCUGUGUGGGCGACUUCUUCGGCCAGGACGUCGCCGCGUACACCGGACUGAUCACCGGCGCCGUCCCGCUGCCCAAUGUGCCCACCUACUUGCUGGGCAAGAUACCGGCGCCAAUUCGAAGCAUGCACCCUGAAGUGGAGAACUUUGACCACGGUUUCGAGGUGACGGAGGGCAUCACCUUUCUGGGCCGCUCCGGCAUCCUCACCACUAGUCAAGGCCUGCGGAUUGCCUACCUCAACGGGCAGCAUCGAGAGGAGUCGCAUCGAGAGGAGUCGGCGAGUGGUGGUGCCGGAGACGAGAGCCUGGAGUACUUCACCACAAAGGACUACGAGUCGCUGCUGAUGUCGCAGCGAAGUUCGGCUGCAGUUUUGGACAUUCUACUCACCUGUCAGUGGCCGCAGGACGUUUUCCGGUACACCAACACCGAGGAGGCGGUAGUCGAGCAGAUGAACAGCGCCUCCUCUGAUUUGAUCUCCCAACUCGCCUGGGUGCUACGACCUCGGUACUUCUUCACCGGCGGCACCAACUACUUCUGCGAGCGGACGCCCUAUCGCAAUCACAAAGUGCUCAGCGAGACAGCGCGCAAUGUGACCCGCUUCUACUCGAUAGCCGACGUGAUGAACGCCGAGAAGCUCAAGUGGAUCUACGCCUUCAACAUUGUGCCCGCCAAGUACUCCACCACCGACGAGCUGCUCGCCCAGCCGCAGGGGGUGACGGAGAAUCCGUUCAUCAAGGCAGUUCACCAGCGAACCUCUCGCCAGUCCAGCCAACUGGCCGGCGUCACUCAGUUCUUCUUUGCCGUCGACAACGGGGAAGGUGGGAGCGGCGGUGGCGGCGGUGACUUUGGAAAGCGACGCCGAGACAAUCGCAAUGACAACAACGCUGACAACAGCCGUCCGCCGAGAAAGCAGCUCCGAGUGGACACGGAGACCUGCUGGUUCUGCUUCGCCUCGCCCAACAUCGACAAGACGCUGAUCGUCUCUAUCGGCGACUUCUCCUACCUCGCAGUGGCCAAGGGCGGCCUCACCGAUGACCACAUGAUGAUUGUGCCCAUCAACCACAUUCGCUCGGCCAUUGAAAUUGAGGAAGCCGGGCUUCGCGAUGAGAUUGCCCAGUUCAAGGCGGCGCUGGUGAAGUUCUUCAAAACGCGCGACCUGGUGCCUGUUUUCUUUGAGCGCAACUUUCGCUCGGCACACUUUCAGAUCAACGUCGUCGGCCUGCCGGUGGCGAAGGCGCCCGCUCUGAAGGCCACUGUGGCGGACGUCUUUGGGAAGCUGGAGUACCACGAACUGCCGCUGGACACUGACUUUGCCGACGUCCUCUCGCCUGGUGCGCCCUACUUUACCUUUGAGUGCCCUGACCACUACAAGUUCAUUGUGCGCAUCAACACCAAGAAGGACUUUUUCCCCAUUCAAAUUGGCCGCGAACUGCUCGCCCACGCCGAGCUGCUGAACUGUCCGGAGCGAAUCGACUGGAAGAAGUGCGCCUCCAGUCCGGAAGAGGCUGAACAGCUGACGACUCAAAUUCGCACCGACUUUAAGCCAUUUGACUUUACUGAUUAG